CUUUUUAUUGAAUCCUACCUUACUACUGGUAGGAUUACCAACAUUGCAAGGGUAAUGUCUUGUCAUCCGAAAUAUAUGAAAAUAUUCCAGGAAACUCAUAAUCAGUUGUUUUAUGGCCCUGGACUAUUACCUCAUCAUUGGAGGCAUUACAUUGCUAUAUUGGCCGCUAGUAGGCAUAACUGCUUGUAUAUGAUGCAGUUACACGCGGAAGCGUUUCGAUUAUACCAGAGAGAUAUCCACUGGUUGAAAGGAUUAAGCAAUGCUUCGCAAAAAUUGAUCAAUUUCGAGGAUUUACUCAAUCGUCUGACUUAUCAACCAUGGACAAUACAAAAAGAGCACAUCGAUGAGCUUGUAGUAGGGGAAAGUGCUUGGUCUAUUUCCGAAUUGGUACAGGCUGUUGUUAUUGUUAGUCAUGUAGUGUCAGUGGUAGGAUUUUAUUACGGAUGUGGAAUACAUGAUGAAAUUGACUUCAAGGAUGGACAUACGUAUUCUGAAAUGGCUGCUAAUGGAAAGAAUGAUGAGGAUAAUUUAGUUCAUGCAAUGAAUCAAACCAAGAAAAAGCUAGAUAUAACUGAUGAAGAAAAACGUCAAAAAUUACUUGCAGUCAUGUCGGAAUAUAAAAGUUUACAAGAACGUCAUGAAUUACUAUCUGAAGAUAAAGUGCUAGAAGAAAUUGAACUUUUCUUUCGACAAGAAAAGGAUACCAAAAUUUCUAUAAUUGAUAACUUUAUGGACAACAGAUCUAUUGAACAAUCGACCGAUUUUGCCAAAUUAAGUUUAGAAGAUAGACAACAGAUGGCAUUACGCACUCAAGAGUUUUCUUGGGAAGAUCAAGGAUUUUCUGUAGUUAGUCGAUACUAUAACGAUAUUAUCGAAUUACUGGAUGAAAAAUUUCGAAUAAUCUAUAAUUUAACUUAUAACAAAAUGGGUGAUACUACUAAUACAGACACAAAAGUAUUGAGAACAGCAGUCUGGAAUUAUAUUCAAAUGAUGAAAGGCGUAUGGGAUGACUAUCUCUAUACAUCCAUUAACAAACUAGUUGCAACAGACUUCAAGCAGUAUAUUAAAAUGGUUGCAUGCAAACCGGAAAAGACUUCCCAAUACUUAUUUCACUCCGGUGUUUAUUUAUAUAAUGGGUCCGAACAGGUCCAUCUAAAUCUGCUAUUCCUGGAAUCUCGAAAUCAAGCACAACUCCUACACGCUUUACGCGCAAUUAUGCAGCAUUCGCUUGCGUGA